AUGUUUCUCCGCUGCAGCAGACCCCCAUUCCGAGCAAAACCACCCUUGCACCUGCCCCUCGCGCGCCCGCGCCCGUACGCGACGACCAGCGCCCCCGUGGGCCCGAGCACCACCUCUGUGUCCAUCGAUGUCCCUGGAACGCCUCGCCGCGCUGCAAAGAGGGAGGGCACAAUCAUGGACGUGUUUGGCACGCUCUCGGGCGAGGCGGUCGUCCUACCUAUGCGGUUCGCCGCGCUAAAGCGCGAGAUCUGUGCAAACCCGGAGAAGAUGGUGUACAGCUGGCAAGGCGUUUUGAAGGAGCUCGAGAGCACUGCGGAGGAGAUUGCGGCGAGAGGUGCAGAUGUCAUUCCGCAGGUACUGUAUGGAGAUGUCGUGCGGGGACUUUCAACAGAGCAAAUAAAAAAUGUCACGAAGGCGGGUGUGAUCAUUGUCAAAGGCGGUGUCCCUGAGCAAGCAACUCUGUCAUGGAAGCAGUCCAUCAGAGAAUACGCGAGAGUAAACGCAGACGGAGUCAAAGGAGGUCCUCCGGGCAACAUCGUCUUCUACGAGCUGUACAAUUCUCGCCCGCAGAUAUACGCCCGUACGCAUCCUGCGGUGAUCGCGACGCAGCGCGCGCUGCUCGCGCUCUGGCACACCUCGUCCCCGUCCACAGCGGUCAGCCUUCACACGCCAGUCGCGUACUUCGACCGCCUGCGCAUCCGCCCGCCGGGCCCGAGCGUGUUCACGUUGGGCCCGCACAUCGACGGCGGCGGCGUCGAGCGCUGGGAAGACCCCGGCUUUCGCGCGUGCUUCGGCACUAUCUUGAAUUCGGAUGCCGGUGCGGACUGGCGGGCACACAACCCGUUCGACGUGACGCCCCGCCUGCAUGCGAAGCAGGAUCUGUACAACGCCCCCAACCAGUGCUCGGUAUUCCGCCCGUGGCAGGGCUGGACCUCCCUGUCCCACACGGGGCCGGGCGAGGGCACGCUGCGCGUCCUGCCGAUGCUCAGCCUUGCCACUGCGUACAUCAUGCUCCGCCCCUUCUUCCGUCUGCGCUCCAGCGCCACGGCGUCGUCUCUGAAGACAGCGGAUUGGGAGCUCGACCUCGAUGGGACGGCAUUCCCGGGCAGCUCGCCUGGAAAGACCCAGGAACUGAACGCCGAAACGCACCCGCAUCUGCGACUGGACCGAACCAUGGUUUCGAUGCCCCGCAUCGCGCCUGGUGACCAAGUUUACUGGCACUGCGAUCUGGUGCAUUCCGUGGAAACCGACCACAACGGACUGGGUGACUCUUCGGUACUCUACAUCCCGGCGGUGCCGCUCACCGAGCACAAUGCAACGUAUUUGCGCGAGCAGCGCUUGGCCUUCAAGGGCGGUCUCCCCCCUCCUGACUUUCCAGGCGGAGACGGUGAAUCGCGGUUCUUUGGCUGUGCUACGACCGAGGACGUGGAGGGUGUGGAGGGCCGUCGUUUGCUGGGUCUUGAGCCGUUCGAAGUCCCAAGUGGUGCCACCGCUGCGGAGGUGAAGCUGAUCCACGCAGCGAAUUCCAUUCUGGCCUGA